CACUAUUUUGCACUCUCGUGCCCAAAACCCGGUUUUUGACACCCCCGCAUGGGUAAGGGAUGUGGCGAAGGGGGUUGUAACAUCCAGAAGUUUCGACUGGCGCCCGCACUACCACUUACUUAACCUCAUCCACAACCACCCACGGAAUCUUCUACCCGUGUCUUCCCGCGACAACCCUUGAACCACAGGCGUAUCAAUGUCUUUGGUGCAGCACGUUUCUGCCAUCAAAGGUGUAGAUCGAGAGCCUGAACCCCAGGAUGAUAGCACCAUUGCGACCGCCGUGACGGGUGAGCCAUUGACUGCGAUCCAUCGCAAGAUCAGCUACGACAUCCUCCAGCCUCCACCCGCCCCGGUCGAGGUCGCUGGAACCCCUGCCUACAAGGUUUCAACGGCAAAGCGACUGGCCCAGGUUAUCGUUACUAUACUUGCGUGUUGGUUCGCGGCAGGCGUGGUCUUCGGUUUUGCUGCCUUGAAGCCGGUUUUAGUCGCAGAAGGUGUCUAUCGAGAUCUGUGUACAGCGGACGAAUUACGCGAUGGGGUAGAAGUUUGCUCCGAACAAGAUCUAAGGUUGAACCUAUUCUUUACCAUCGGCUCCAUCACAGCCAAUGUGUCUGCCCUUCCGGUCGGCACUAUCCUCGAUCGCUAUGGAUCACGUAUAUGUGGCUUUGCGGGCUGCCUGCUCCUUGCGCUGGGUAGCUCGCUGAUGGCAUACUCCUUCUCCCAGCCACAGUUCGAUGGCUAUAUGGCGGGGAAUUUCUUCCUCGCACUGGGAGGUACAUUUAUCUUUGUACCUUCUUUCCAGAUCGCGAACGCAUUUCCCAAGUAUGCAGGUACGAUCGUUGCUCUGGUUACUGGCGCUUUCGAUGCCUCGGCAGCAGUGUACCUGUUUUAUCGUAUUGUCUAUGAGGCGACUGGUGGAUCGUUUGACCCUAGAAAGUUCUUCUUGGGCUAUACUAUCGUACCUGGCCUCAUCCUAGUUGCAUUGAUUACUCUCAUGCCGUCUCGUGACUAUCAGGGAACGCAUGAACUCGAAGUGAAAAUUGAAAAGGCGGAAGAUGCUACCCGUGAUAUCCAUGACUCGGACGACGACAUCGAGAGCGACACGGAGCUACGACGUGUCCGGAGUGAGCGCGCUGAGCGGCGUCGAAACAAGAUGCGCAAAAUUGCCAAGGUACUGGGCGACGAAGACGAGCGGAAAGAACGGGAGCAACGAGAAGAGGAUCGCCAUGCUGCAAGCGCCGUCUGGGGGGCGCUCCACGGUCAGCCUGCCCACAAGCAGAUGGCCACGCCGUGGUUCAUCUUGAUUACCUUGAUGACAGUCUUGCAGAUGUUGCGGAUGAACUACUUCAUUGCCACCAUUCGCGCUCAGUACGCGUAUAUGCUCGACUCGGAUGAACUAGCUGUUCAGAUCAACAGCUUCUUCGAUGUUGCUUUGCCUGUGGGCGGUAUUAUUUCCACGCCAUUCGUGGGGCUCCUGCUUGAUCACGUCAGUGUACCCGCUGUACUGGCUAUAAUUGUGGUUCUGACGACGGUGAUUGGUAUCCUUAACUCCAUACCCGUCCUCUGGACCGGAUAUGUGACUGUCACGUUGUUUGUUUUGCUGCGACCACUCUACUACUCGGCCAUGUCUGACUACGCAACGAAGGUAUUCGGAUUUGCCACUUUUGGCCGAGUCUAUGGGACCAUCAUCUGCGUGUCGGGAAUGGUCAACUUUGCCCAGUAUGGGUUGGAUGCGUUGACUCAUGGCCCCUUUGACGGGAAUCCCAUUCCGAUCAACAGUUUCUUCGCCGUAGCUGGCUUUGUGGUGGGAACUGCGCUGGUAUCGUUUGUGUAUGUGGCCGGGCGGCGGCUGCGGGCACGGGAGCAAGAACUGGAGGAGGAUGAAGAACGACAGCGGUUGAUUCGGGAGGAGAGUGAGGAAGAAGACUACGAAGAUUGAUUGCAGGGUUGUUAAUACGUCUAUGUCUCAUAGUUCCUGAUGGAUACACAGUGGCGUAUGGUGCACGGUGUACAUGGCGCAUGCUUAUUCUUCCAUGAGCUUGCAGCGGCUAUAGCGGUAGAUUGUGUUCAUAGCGGGUACGAUACUAAUAGCCUAUUAUAAUGAAAAGCACAAAAGUACAGCCUGCUCCACGGAUUGAACUGCGAACUACUUUGACUAGAGGAUCAUACGAUGGGGAAGCAUGGUUCGAUUAAGGUUUGGAUCCGUCAGUAUAUUUCUGCUGCCUUGAUGGCAUGUAGGAUGACAUACUAUCGCUUUCAUUGCCAGGAAAAGAGUAACUAUAGCAAUAAACUUUUCUUGCAAUACAAUAAUUUCGCUCUCUUUACUUUCUUUCUGCUUGCUUAAUUCCUCUCUCAUCUUCCACAACUACUUCGUUGUAGGUUUCAAGUAUUUACAGUAUCUCACCACUCUUGGCAAGCAGCAGACACAUCCGCCUGACCAGAUCAAUCCACGUCAGAUGUCCCCAUCAUCCUAUUGAUCAGAUGGAUUCACACCCAUAAUACUGUAGUACUUUGUGUAAUCUUAA